CAGGCACAAGAUCCAUGGUCUACUGGUUUUGACGACCAGUCUCUUCACAAAUCCUAAUACAGGACUCUUAGGGACACCUCAGUAUCACAAAUGGAGAUUCCAAUAUAUACUGUCGAUGCAUUUACUAAUUUACCAUUUAAAGGAAACCCUGCUGCAGUUUGUCUUUUAGAGAAUGAACUGAAGGAGGACCUUUAUCAGAAAAUAGCAGCUGAAAUGAACUUGACUGAGACUGCAUUCAUCACAAAACUGAAGCCAACAGAAGAUUUUUGUUCAGGAGCGAGGUUUGGCUUACGCUGGUUCACCCCUACACAUGAGGUCGACCUUUGUGGCCAUGCGACACUAGCGUCAGCAGCAGUGCUCUUUUACAAGAAAGAAAACACCAACUCUGUGGUGGCCUUUGAGACUCUGAGUGGAGAGCUGCUGGUGCGUCAGCGAGGUGAAUCGUUAGUGCUGGACUUCCCUCUCAAUAAAGCAGAAGUCCAGGACAGAAAGAAAUUUAAUGACAUCCUUAAGGCUGCUGUGGGAGAUCUGCCUAUUCAAGAGGUGUGUUACUGUAAAACAACAAAGGAUCUGCUAGUAUGUUUGCCUGACACAUGUGACAGGUCCGUGCUUACUUCCCUGAACCCGGUGGCCGAGUCUCUGGAAAAAAGUGAGGAUGGUGGAAGGAUUAAGAGUCUUAUCAUCACAGUGAAAGGAGCACCAACCUCACAGCCAGGAUACGACUUUUACUCCCGUAACUUUGCACCGUGGGUCGGAGUCUUUGAAGAUCCAGUGACUGGCUCUGCCCAUACAGUCCUUGGUCCCUACUGGUCUGAGAAACUGGGAAAGAAGAAAAUGUUAGCCUACCAGUGCUCCAGACGUGGCGGUGAGCUUGAGGUGGAACUGAGAGGAAACAACAGAGUUGACAUCGCUGGCCAAGCAGUGGUCCUCCUUGAAGGAGUCCUCAAACUCUAGAGAGACACCUAUCGAGCUCACUAUGAAAUCAUUUAGCCAUAUAUAGUGCACUGCCAAAUUACAGUAAUUUUGCUCACUGCCAGUUUUAUUGAUCCAUUUUAUUCCAGCAGGCUAACCUGGUAACUAAUCAUAGGAAAUGUGUGUGGUACUCUAAGAACAGCUUUUUACAGAGUGGUCUAAUUCUUUAGUCAUCACAAACUUAGAAAAUAAAUAAUUAAAUAUCUUUAUUACAAGAAAACACACAAACUCUCAAGACGAUUUACAUACAAAAUUCUUUGUUCAGAAUAAUAACUGUAAAAAAAGUUUUUCCUAUUAAUAAAAGCAUAUGACAACUCACAAAGUAAA